AUGGCUCCUCCACCCCCUUCCACCCUGCCCUUGGGCGAGCGUUUGAAGAUGCUCGCCCAAACCCUACAGCAUUUGGCUUUGAUUCUCUCUGUCUUCCGAUACUUUCUCUCCUACAUUACAUUCAACUACUAUUCCGGCAUGGCCAGAGCGUCGUAUCGUUUCGCAUUCGUAUCCGCAGCUGCUACAUAUGGAAUUGUCGUCUAUAAAGCAUAUAUCGCCCGAGGCCGUCUCGGAGGAUCUAUUCCCGCUACUGCCAUGAAAUUGGCUGGUGACGAGAAUGUCCAAUACCUAUUCAUGGCCCUCGUUUGGCUCUACUCCCGCCAGAUCCCAAUCGCCCUCUUGCCCUUUGCUAUUUACUCCGUCUUUCAUGUAGCAACUUACACUCGCACAUAUCUCAUCCCAACCCUCCAGCCCCCCAAACCGGCCGCGCCAGGCGAAGCAACCUCCCCGUCCGGCCGCCCAGUCACAAAACAGUCGCCACUCGCUGAGAGCAUCGGCCGCUUCGUCAAGAGAUACUAUGACACCAGUAUGGGCCUCGUAGCUGCCUUUGAAAUGAGCCUCAUGUUCCGGCUCAUCGGCUCCGCCCUGACUUUCUCGAGUGGCAGCUGGGUGCUGCUGGUCAUCUAUUUCUGUUUCUUCCGCUCACGAUAUGCGCAGAGCUCUUUUGUCCAGGGCACCGUGGCCCGUGCAAGUGCCCGUAUUGAUGCAGCGAUCUCGCACCAGAACACCCCGCCGCAGGUGAGACAAGGCUGGGAAGCGUUCAAGGGACUUGUCAGACAGGCCUAUGACAUAACUGAUGUCCGGCGGUAUCUUGGCGGGUACCAGGGUGCUGCUGCGGGAGCGAAGAAGCCCCAGUAA